AUUAAUUCAUAAUGGCGAGCCACAUAACCGCAUGGAAACAAACUUUCUGUAGUCUAUGUUCUCAGAGCUUGGUAGAUUGGGACACUUUGGUUUUAGAAGCCAUUGAUGUCGAUUUCUAGUAGUUUCUCAGAUAUGUUCAGAGCUGUUUGUCGAUAGACAAAUAGAUUGUGGGUGACUUGCGCAUUUGUCCGUGGGGUGCUAAAAAUAUAAUCACAAAUCGCCAAAUUUGUCGAUGCCGCACUGUAGUGUCAGUGUGAUUGGCUGAAAGCGGCAUAGUCGCCAGCUUUGUUUAUAUGCACGCCUGAGGUCGGGAGUUCUAAAAGUCAGUCGUCGCUACAAAGUCAUCAGAUUGUUCAAACACCUUUCAAGAUGGCCCAGGAUGUUGCCAAUGUUGCCAGAAGAGUCAAUGAAGCAGUUGAAGAAGGAAAUAAUCAUUUAGACUUGUCCAACUGCAAGUUGAUCAGUUUCCCUGAUGGAGUCUUCAAGGUGUUGAGGACCGUCACUGAGAAUAUACAGAGUAUAACAUUGGCCAACAAUGAACUAAAAGCAUUGACCAAUAAAUUUUUCGCCACAUUUGUUCAAUUAAGAGAAUUGGACCUGCAAGGCAACGUGCUCACCAAAUUACCAGAUGCUGUAGGUGAGAUGGAACAUUUGACCAGCAUCAACUUGUCCCAAAACAAGCUCACAAGUUUUCCAGAUAGGCUGACAGACAUCCGUACACUUGAAAACAUAAAUCUGGAAAACAAUCAGAUAUCCGAAGUGCCUGUGCAGAAGCUGUCCAGCAUGCCUGCCUUGAAAACGGUCAAUAUGAGAUCUAAUCCACUCGAUGGACAACCGCCCAGCAUCUCGUCUCUCAGUUUUGAAUUGGUCAUUGAUCAGUGAUUUUUCUGGUGUGUGUAGAUGAAAUUGAGUUUGAUCAUGAGAAGCAGUUUUGUUGCGGUUGUUGUUUUUAACAAUUUACACUUGCCUUUUUUAACACUGAAGUAAUAACAAUAUUUAUUAAAUACAAACAGAAGAAAGGCCCAGGAAGCAAUCUCUUUAUAUAAAUGCACACUGUAUAUAGGCCUACACCAAGAUGUGAUUCCUUUUGAUGUAGUAGAAAUUAAAGUGAACUUAACAUGACGAUAAUUGGCGAUAAUUCCAUGCAUUAGCAGUGUUUCCCAUACAUUGACUAAUCUGUGGCAGGGGCGCCACGAAAUAAAAAUCGG